CAACACAGCGGGGUUUCAGCCAAGACACUUCGCAAGGGGGGGGAGCGCCUACAUUGCACAAUGGCGUCCCUCUUGGGCAUGGGUUUCGGAUGAAUCCGACUGUUCGAGUAGGAGUUAGGACAAAGAGGCCUGCGCAUGUGGUGAUACGGAGAUAUGUAAUUAAGUGGCCAUUGUGCUGAAUUCAGCACCCAUUGUCCACAAUGUUGCAAUUAUAGGCAAUUGAGCGGCAGUGGUCUUUGGCAACAGAGUGCCGCCAUGUCAGCGCUGGUGCCCAGUGGCGCUCUUUCUGACGUGGAGAUUCGCCGCUGGCUUCGCAUUGGAGCGCUCCAUGCCCUUUUCUCCUCUCUCGCGCUAGUUACAUGGUGCCUGCCCGCCUGCUUGAAGUCCGGCCUUUGGUCCGCCCUCCUCGCGCCACUCUCCGCUUCCUUCUGGGCAGGAUUCUCCCUCUUUCUAGUUGCUCAGCUGCUGUUUCUAGCAUCGUUCCGCACAGUCGCCGAGCCGGAGCACUCGCCAGGGAUUGAAGCCCAGGAGCUUUUACAGCUGCUGACCUCAUCUUCGCUGAGCGUAAUCCUGGGGGCGCCAAAAGAAAAGGUGAAGCAACUAGACGGGGGAUGGAGAAAGCUCGCCAUCUCAGCUAGGCGGACUGUGUUCCUUCUUCUGGUGGCGGCGAGCGGCGCACUAAGUGUGCUGGGGGUCGGUCUUCUCAGACUGGGGGCGUCGCAAACUGAUGUCCGAUGGGCAAUACAGUUUGGCGCCGGUCUAGGCCUGCUGUAUGCGGCACAGGUCCUCCUCUCACAGCACUAUGUGCUUCGCUUCCCUCCAAUUCAGCGUCCCUGGUACCAGCGUCUGAAGCUCGCUCUCCGGCCCGCCGCGUCCCUCUCCCUCUCCGUCACUACAGCUGCGCUCAUUUUUUGGGAGCUGCUGAACCGCGUCCACCCGUCAUCAGCAGCUAGGAUUGGUUCUUUCCUGGAACGGGCGCUUCUCUCGGCUAUGGUCGGGACGCUGACGGCGUUCUGCUGGGAACUGGGGCGCAGCGUCGCAAGGAUUAUCCUCACUGAGCGUCACUACUUUACUCCCCCACCGGGCACCAUUUCUACUGAGACCGCCCCCGCCGACGCCCUCCUGACCGCUCUCCGAAACCCCAAACCCCUCGCGCGCCACCUGGCGUUCCUCGACCUGUGCUACGUGGCCGAACGGAGCGUCGACAAGUGGCGCCGCGCUGCGUUCUUCCGAGAUGAGACGGGGACGAGCUAUAAGAAAGUGAUUGACUUGUGUCUGGAGCCUGUGGAGGGGGUAAUAGAAGGAGCGAAAUUGGCGGUGGGUGGGGGCAACGGGCGAGGGGGGUCGGGAACUAGGCCGGGGGAGUUUCAGCUGCAGAUGGGGGCAGCAGCCAGGGAAACGAAAAGAAGGGGGGGAGACCCGGAAGAAAUCCUCCGAGACCUCCAGAUCUGCGCCUGGGGCGCGCGUGCCGCCUCCUCCCUCACCGCCGCUUCCCGCAAGGAAGACUCCUUCGGCGUCGCCCAACUGACGUCAUCCAAUCCACGUGUCGUCUCCACGCUCCUCUCCGCCCUCCUCGCGAUCGAGACCGUCCAAAAGGCCGGGCUCUUCUUCACCCGAAAUGGGGGGUUCAUUUCCGGGUUUCUGCGCCCCCUGGUCAAUCCGGGAGCCAGCUUCAGCCGGGUGGCGUACGCCCCCAGCGCGGCGCUCGCUCUGGGUGAUGUCAUCCGGGUGUCGUUACACGUCAUCACGGAGGAGUUCGCGGGGGAGAUGCUGGUGUUCCGGCCGGGAAGCGGACCGGUGCUGGAUGACAGGGACUGGCUGCCAGCUGGCAGCCCGGCGUUCGGCACGCGCGCGGCGCACGUGGAAAAGCUGCGGGCUAUCUUGGACUUCAGGGAAUAGCUAUCCGGUAUUGAAGACGUGUGACUUUGCCGCCAUGCUUAGCACUGUCGCGUCUGAUCACUCAUUCAUUCGUGGCAGUCAGACCAGGCUCAUUGGAAAUGAAGCCAUGAUCGGUCACUGAGGUGCAUGAAGUAUUUUCAUCAGUCGAUUGUGAUAUAUCCGGUCUACCUUUGAUGCACUGCAGCGGAUGAAACGUACAC